CAGAUUUUGCGUUUUGCUUAAAUAAAGCGGUGUUGUGUCCCGAAGAAGGGGCUAGUCCGUCGAGAGUCAAAUACUUAAAAUUGGUGAGCUGAAGAGUCGAGAAGAGAAGAGAAGCCGAGAGAGGCAUGGCACUGAAAGAGCGUAGUCCUGAAACCCCCAAAACAUCCCCCAAGAAUCCACGAGUUGCUGUGCGAUCAAUUGAUACAUAUGCUGCACAAUGCGACAAAUGCUUAAAAUGGAGGGUGAUUCCGACUGAAGAAGAGUACGAGGAGAUAAGAAGUAAAAUGGAAGAGAAUCCAUAUGUUUGUGACAGAAAACCUGGUGUAUCUUGUGAUGAUCCUGCUGACAUUGAGUACAAUGCCACUCGAACCUGGGUCAUUGAUAGGCCUGGUGUUCCCAAGACUCCGGAAGGUUUUAAAAGGAGCUUGGUGCUUAGACGUGAUUUCUCAAAAAUGGAUGCUUACUAUAUCACUCCCACAGGAAAGAAGCUGAGAACACGCAAUGAGAUAGCAGCAUUUAUAGAAGCAAAUCCAAAAUACAAAGAUGUAAACCUCUCUGCCUUCAAUUUUACUUCUCCAAAGGUAAUGGAAGACACCAUCCCUGAAGAUGCUGCGAGAAAGGUUCCCUCUAGUGCAAAUGGCAACAAAAAGAAGGCAUUAAAGGAUUCAGCUUGAAGUUGAACUUUGUCUGCUGAUCUGCAGUAAAUUUUGUUGGGGUCUUGUAACUUGUGAGAUUGGUCUGGUGAGCAUUUCCUGCAGCUUUUUACCUUAUGUGAUCUUGUUGGUUUCCGUCCCUGUCCUCCUCCUCCCAUUCCAGUUCCCUAUUUGAUUAUUGUAAGGCAACUAGAAAGAAUUGAUGCUUUGAGAAGAUGUUAGAACAGUGUUUUUUAAUAGUUAAACUAGUUGUUAGCUUA